UAAAACAGUUGCUCAUUGCUCUAGCCCAGAGAAAGCAGCUCAAUUAAGUAAAUGGCGAUGUUAAAAUCUCUUUCAUCGAUUUUAUUCACAAGCUUUGCUCUUCUGUUCUUUCUUGUUCAUGCUCAAGAUCAAUCUGGUUUCAUAAGUAUAGAUUGCGGGAUACCGGAUGAUUCUAGCUACAACGAUGAGACUACAGGUAUAAAGUAUGUUUCGGAUUCGGCGUUUGUUGAUUCAGGAACAACAAAGAGAAUUGCAGCUCAGUUUCAAUCAAGUGGUUUUGAUAGACACUUGUUGAACGUGAGAAGUUUCCCUCAAAGCAAGAGAAGCUGUUACGAUGUUCCGACGCCGAGAGGCAAAGGUUUUAAGUAUCUAAUCAGAACUCGUUUCAUGUACGGGAACUAUGAUGAUCUUGGAAGAGUACCCGAGUUCGAUCUCUAUCUAGGAGUAAACUUUUGGGACUCUGUUAAACUCGACGAUGCAACAACUAUACUCAACAAAGAGAUAAUCACCAUUCCACUUUUAGACAAUGUUCAAGUGUGUGUUGUUGAUAAGAACGCAGGAACUCCAUUUUUGUCUGUCUUGGAGAUACGGCUCUUGUUGAACACUACUUAUGAGACUCCUUACGAUGCACUUACCCUCCUUCGGAGAUUAGAUUACAGCAAAACGGGAAAACUUCCAUCGAGGUACAAAGAUGACAUAUAUGACCGUAUAUGGACACCGCGUAUAGUGAGUUCAGAAUACAAGAUAUUAAAUACAUCUCUCACUGUCGAUCAAUUUCUUAACAAUGGCUACCAACCGGCUUCUACUGUCAUGAGCACUGCAGAAACAGCGCGAAACGAGAGCCUCUACCUAACGCUUAGUUUCAGACCGCCCGACCCUAACGCAAAGUUUUAUGUAUACAUGCACUUUGCUGAAAUUGAAGUACUGAAAAGCAACCAGACGAGAGAAUUCAGCAUCUGGCUAAAUGAGGAUGUAAUCUCUCCUUCGUUUAAGCUUCGGUACUUGCUUACCGACACAUUCGUUACACCGGAUCCCGUGAGCGGAAUUACCAUUAACUUCUCUCUUCUUCAACCACCUGGUGAAUUUGUACUUCCACCGAUCAUUAACGCCCUUGAGGUCUAUCAAGUCAAUGAGUUCCUUCAGAUCCCAACUCAUCCACAGGAUGUUGAUGCCAUGAGGAAGAUUAAAGCCACGUAUAGAGUGAAGAAGAACUGGCAAGGAGAUCCUUGUGUUCCCGUAGAUUAUUCUUGGGAAGGUAUUGACUGUAUCCAAAGUGAUAACACUACUAAUCCUAGAGUCGUUUCACUAAAUAUAUCUUUUAGUGAAUUAAGAGGCCAGAUAGAUCCAGCCUUCUCCAACCUUACAUCUAUAAGAAAAUUAGAUUUAUCCGGUAAUACUUUAACAGGAGAAAUACCUGCUUUCCUCGCUAACUUACCAAACUUGACCGAAUUAAACGUUGAAGGAAACAAGUUAACGGGCAUAGUUCCACAAAGAUUGCAUGAAAGAUCAAAGAAUGGAUCUCUUUCCUUAAGAUUUGGUAGAAAUCCGGACCUUUGUCUCUCUGAUUCCUGUUCAAACACAAAGAAGAAGAACAAGAAUGGAUACAUCAUUCCAUUAGUAGUCGUAGGAAUCAUCGUCGUUCUUUUGACGGCUUUAGCUUUGUUCCGGCGUUUCAAGAAAAAACAACAAAGAGGUACACUUGGUGAGAGGAAUGGGCCGUUGAAAACUGCAAAGCGAUACUUUAAGUACUCAGAAGUUGUGAAUAUCACAAAUAACUUUGAGAGAGUUAUUGGCAAAGGAGGUUUUGGUAAAGUAUACCAUGGUGUCAUAAAUGGAGAACAAGUUGCUGUCAAGGUACUCUCUGAAGAAUCAGCUCAAGGCUACAAAGAGUUUCGAGCAGAGGUUGACCUUCUCAUGAGAGUUCAUCACACGAACCUGACUUCUCUUGUUGGAUAUUGCAACGAAAUAAACCACAUGGUGCUUAUCUAUGAGUAUAUGGCUAAUGAGAACUUAGGAGACUAUUUGGCAGGUAAAAGGUCAUUUAUCUUGAGCUGGGAAGAGAGGUUGAAGAUAUCAUUAGAUGCAGCGCAAGGACUAGAGUAUCUUCACAAUGGUUGUAAGCCUCCUAUAGUUCACAGAGAUGUGAAGCCAACAAACAUCUUACUAAACGAGAAGCUCCAAGCGAAGAUGGCGGACUUCGGGUUAUCUAGAAGCUUCUCUGUUGAAGGAAGCGGUCAGAUUUCAACAGUUGUCGCUGGAUCCAUCGGUUACCUUGACCCCGAGUACUAUUCGACUCGCCAAAUGAACGAAAAGAGUGAUGUUUAUAGUCUUGGGGUUGUUCUUCUUGAAGUGAUUACAGGCCAACCUGCUAUUGCAAGCUCAAAAACAGAGAAGGUGCAUAUAAGUGAUCAUGUCAGGUCAAUAUUAGCCAACGGAGACAUUAGAGGAAUCGUGGAUCAGCGUCUAAGAGAGAGAUAUGACGUUGGCUCGGCUUGGAAAAUGUCAGAGAUCGCUCUUGCUUGUACCGAGCACACUUCUGCGCAGAGGCCAACGAUGAGUCAGGUCGUUAUGGAGCUGAAACAGAUUGUUUAUGGCAUAGUGACUGAUCAGGAAAACUACGAUGACUCGACGAAAAUGCUUACAGUGAAUCUAGACACCGAGAUGGUUCCUCGAGCAAGGUAGUGAAUUUCUUCAGAGUAG